CAAUAGAAAACGCGGCUGAGAGGGAGAUCGUGGCAGAUCUCGCCGUCGCUGUCUCGCCGCGUCGCUCCUGGAUUGCAGCUAGCCUUGGCCCGCAAUCCAUCCGCGCUCUCCGGCCACCCACCGGGGCAAGCAGGCCACCAGUGUAUAUAUAUAGCCCGGCUUGUCCCUCCCCUCCAUCGAUCGACCCGACCAUCCGGCGAAAGCCAGCGACGGGGGACUAGCUAGCUAGCUCCUGCCUUCCAUCGGAGACUGAAGGCCAGCUCGAGUCUAGCUGCUGCAAGGUAGCAGCCGCGCACAGGAGAGGAGGGCGGGCCAGCUAGGGGUUCGCUUGCUUCGAGGUGUUUGUCGGAGGAGAAGACGAGGAGGGGGAGCAGCGAAAGGUUGGCCCUGCCCUGGAGCAAAAGCAGCGCUUGGCAGAACUCGGUGCGCGCAUCUGCACGCGCGUAGGCGUGGUGAAGCACCGCACCUAUAUUAUUUUGAUCAGUGGAAGAAGAUGAAUGCUUUCUCCCACGUCCCCCCUGGUUUCCGUUUCCACCCCACUGAUGAGGAACUGGUGGAUUACUACCUGAGGAAGAAGGUGCAACUGAAGAGGAUUGACUUAGACAUUAUAAAAGACGUUGAUUUGUACAAAAUCGAACCUUGGGAUCUACAAGAACGAUGCAAGAUCGGAACGGAAGACCAGAACGACUGGUUCUUCUUCAGCCACAAGGACAAGAAGUAUCCGACCGGCACUCGCACGAACAGGGCAACCACGGCGGGUUUCUGGAAGGCCACCGGCCGGGACAAGCCGAUUUACGUGAAGCACUGCCUCGUGGGGAUGAGGAAGACGCUGGUUUUCUACAAGGGCCGGGCUCCCAAUGGGCAGAAGUUAGAUUGGAUCAUGCACGAGUAUCGCCUGGAGACCAACGAAAAUGGAGCUCCCCACGACGAAGGAUGGGUGGUAUGCAAGGUGUUCAAGAAGCGAGUUGCGACGGUGCAGAGAAUGGCCGCCACUGACUCGGCCUUCUGGUUCAACAACGAUCAUGUGGCGUUCAUGGCGCCUCGCGUCGACUCGCCGAGGCAGGCAGUGCACCACCUCCAGAACGCGGCGUACCAUCAUGGACACCACCAGACCUACCACCACCCGUGCAAGGUGGAGCUGGAGUACCAUCAGCUCCUUCCUCAGGAGCCGGCAAGCUUCCUGCAGCUCCCGCAGCUAGAGAUGCCCGGGCUUCCGGACCUGAUCGGCGCCGUAGCUGCCAGUCUCCAACCGUGCAACCAGACGCACGACGGACAAGCUUCUCGGCAGCUUGAGAUCGAGCCGGUUUAUGUGACGGACGCAUCCGCCGGAGAGUGGAGGGACCUUGACAAAUUCAUGGCGUCCCAACUCAGCCACGACGGCUCAACUCCGAAGGAGUCUAGCAGCUACGCUAAUCCGGCGCUGGCGUUUCAGGCGGAGGGGAAGCACGAAGAGGCCUUGGAUUACGUGUCGGCAUCUGCCUCGAGCGGAGGGGACAAUGGUUUGUGGAAAUAACGUACGGCAUAUACAGACACAAGAUACGAAAAGAUACACACUAACGCACAUCACUGUAUAAAGCUUAAAAAUAUUGUGGUGUGAGAUGAUUAAUGUACGUAAACAUAGCUAGCAGUGCUAUUAAUUAAGCUCUAUAUAUAUGUACUAAUAAAGUAUAGCCAAAUUGGUUGUACUUGCAUGCACAAUUUGGAGGGUGUAAUGUCAUAAGGUACUACCGCCUAGGCGAUUGUAACAGCAAUUUAGCUGCUCAUGCUGUAUAGUACUCCCAAAAUGGCUGCUAUAUGGUCGGUGCCAUGCACAGCUAGUGGUUAUGCGCUUUCCAAUUCAAGCGAUGUAGUAUAAUUUUGUGAGUAAUUUCCCUGAUGCUAGACACCGCAGUGUAUUGAUAUUCU